AUGCUAAAGGUGAGCUCAUCCGAGAAAAGGUACAUUGUCGAGGGUGUCGCCGCUGAUGUGCGUGCGGACGGACGGGAUCGUCUUUCUUAUCGAAGUUUAACACUAGAAACCUCGUUGCUUGCACAGUCGAAUGGCUCAGCUCGUGCGUCGCUUGAAUCAUCGGGUACCGAUGUUUUAGCUUCUGUCAAAUUGGAAGUAGUUUCUCCUUUGCCUGAAUCCCCGAACGCUGGUAUUGUCCACGUCGCUGUUUCCUGUUGUCCUUCGGUCUCGGCCAAACUCUAUGGACGCGCUGUAGAUGAAUUGAAUGUGGAACUAUCGCAGCUCAUGACACGUCUGUUGUGCUCGUGCUCUAAUACUGAGCUCGAAAAGUACUGUAUUAUUCCAGGAGAGAGUGUAUGGUCCAUUAGUAUUGACGUGAUGGUAUUUGAGUCCAGUGGAAACUUGCCAGACGUCAUUUCCAUGGCCAUUUACACGGCACUUAACGACACGGUCUUUCCGUCCGUGCGUCUUGUGGGCGUGGAAGGUGAGGACAAAACUAUCGAGGUGGACACGGAUCCUGCAGCUGGUAAGCUCAUGACGGCUCAGCAUUGGCCUAUUUGCGUGACACUUAGUAAGAUUGGCGAUUACUUUAUCACGGACCCGCUACAGGAGGAGGAGCUGUGCACGACAGCACAAAUGAGUGUGGCCGUGAAUCCUGAGGGAAGUGUCUGCGGUGUUCAAAAGAGUGGAAUGGGUGCCAUUGAAAUCGAGGAGAUGCAGCAGAUGAUUGAUGAGGCGUGCGCACGAUCGAAAGAGCUAUUUAAGCUGCUGCAGGAAGCUCUGCGCGAGCAGAGAGACAGAGACGUCAAAGCAGGACGCAGAGUAGAGCGCGUUGGCUUCCUGGGACAAUAA